UAAAGUUGGGUGAGGAUUGAUUAGAUUUUUUGGAAUUAAAUUAAAACAACUUGAACAAUGGACUAGUGAAGAUGAAAAAUGGCCGCUGUUUUAGUCAAUGCGCCUGCCGCGCCACCAGCCAACCCCCACUACCACCGUCUAUUCCAGAAUUUAACCCAGUGCACCACCAUUUCCCUUCCUAACCUGAAACAAAUCCACGCUCAAAUCCUCCGCACCGUUCCACCACCCCACAAUUUCUUCCUCUACAGCAGACUCCUCCACUUUUCUUCCUUACAAGACCUCGCCUACACUCUCAAACUCUUCAACCAAAUCCCUAGCCACAACACAUUCAUGUACAACACUGUCAUUAAAGCUUAUGGUCAUAGCAAAGACCACAAAGAACAGGCCUUUUCGCUCUUCCAGGAGCUUCUUGAACGAGAAAACCUUGUACCUGAUAAAUAUACUUUUCCCUUUGUACUAAAAGCUUGUGCAUAUUUAUUUGCAAUUAAUGAAGGGAGACAGGCUCAUGCUCAACUUUUGAAAAAUGGGUUCGGCUCAGAUGUUUAUAUAAACAACAGCUUGAUUCAUUUCUAUGCUUCCUGUGGGUGUUUAGAGUAUGCAAGGAAAGUGUUUGAUAAGAUGCCUGAAAGAAGUGUGGUAUCGUGGAAUGCGAUUAUCGAUGCACUUGUGCAAUUAGGAGAGUUUCACGAGGGGUUGAAAAUGUUUGUUGAGAUGAAAAAUUGGUUUGUGCCGGAUGGAUACACGUUGCAGAGUGUUAUAGAUGCUUGUGCAGGUUUGGGGGCCUUGUCUAUGGGGAUGUGGGCCCAUGCAUAUCUAUUAAGAAAGUGUGAAUUUGAUCCGAAUUUUGAUGUCUUGCUGAACAACUCUCUGGUGGAAAUGUAUUCCAAAUGCGGCUCAUUAAGGAUGGCUGUGCAGGUUUUUGAGGCGAUGAGUACAAGGGAAGUGAAUUCUUGGAAUGCAAUGAUUUUAGGAUUUGCAAUGCACGGGGAAGUUGAGAGAGUGUUUGAAUAUUUCAGCCACAUGAUUGAUGAAGAUAGAUUGAUGCCUAACUCCAUCACAUUUAUUGGCAUAUUGAGCGUUUGUAAUCAUAGUGGUUUGGUUGAUAGGGGUCGGAAAUACUUUGAUAUGAUGGUUGAUGAAUAUGAUAUAAAGCCAGUUUUACAGCACUAUGGUUGCCUUAUUGACCUUCUAGCGCGUAAUGGACAAAUCGAUGAAGCACUUGAUAUUGUAUCAAACAUGCCACUAAAACCAGAUGCUGUGAUUUGGAGAAGUCUUCUUGAUGCUUGUUGCAAGAACAACGUGGAUUUGGAGCUCACUGAAGAACUCGCAAGGCAGAUGAUGGAGUCUGAAGGUAAUUUCUGUAGUGGCGUUUAUGUUCUUCUAUCAAGACUAUAUGCAUCUGCUAAUAGGUGGAACGAGGUAGGCUUGAUUAGGAAAUUAAUGCCUGAUAAAGGCGUUGCCAAAGAGCCUGGCUGUAGUACAAUCGAAAUCAAUGGCGUUGUUCAUGAAUUCUUCGCUGGGGAUACAUCCCAUCCACAAACGAAAGAGAUUUACCGACAGUUAGAUGAUUUUGAAGAAAGGUUGAAAUUAGUAGGGCAUAUCCCUGACUCUUCGCAGGCUCCUAUGGUUGAUGAUCUUGACGAUGAAAAGGGUCAUUCGCUAAGGCUUCACAGCGAAAGACUUGCUAUUGCUUUUGGUCUCUUAAACUCGAAACCAGGAGUUCCUAUUCGUAUAUUUAAAAAUAUACGGGUCUGCACUGACUGUCACAAUGUUACGAAAUUGAUCUCUCGAGUUUUCAAUGUGGAGAUUAUUGUGAGGGAUCGUAUUCGGUUCCAUCACUUCAAAAGUGGUUCAUGUUCUUGCGAGGACUACUGGUGAAGACAGUUGUCGAGUAAAAAGUUUCGAACUAAAAAUGAAUGAAUGCUUCACUUUAUACUUGUUUUUCGAUUAGCUGAUUAUACAUCCCUCUUGCUACAUGAUGAUACUUUCCAACUCGUUUCUAUGCAUAAAACCACCUGUUGGAGAAAGAAAUCAAAGAUUUUGUUGGACUUCAAUAAUUUUCGAGCACCUUAUAGUAU